UUCGCGAUUCAGCCGAGAUAGUUGGCGGAUACAAUCCAUUAGAAUGGCGUUGUGUCAAAGUAGAAGAUUCACUUGACGACGAUGAUUUUACGGAUGAUUAUUCUAAUCACCGAUGUAAAACGUCAAAUAGUUUUAUAUUUUCAUUAACGAACCGAGCAAUUCCGAUAUUAAGUCGAGUCUCUUCUAAAGAAGAAGCAAUCAUUUGGUGCAAAAGCAAAGGGCCAUGCUUUGGUUUACAAGAUCUGUGUAUCCUAUCAUCAAAAUUUUCAAAUAAUAUUGUCUGCGAAAGCAGGAAAUGCUCUUACGAGAAGAAAAUUAUUAACAGAGAAACUUAUGAAAUCGAAGAAUAUGAAAUAUUUCAAAUUGUUGAUAAGAGGCUUUCUUAUCGAAUUUAUAGAACAAUUCAAUUUUUCAUAGAAUUGUUCAAAGGG